AACCUCAACAAUGAAUAAUAAAAAAAUAAAUGCGCAUAAACUAUUGAGAGCAUAAAGCUCAAAACCCCAUAGAAUAUGCUUUGCUCUGUUGCGCAGAAAGAUUAUCCCUUUCCUCUUUUUUCUCGUAUCUUUUCCUCCAAGUUCCUUCCUUCUAAUCAUUUCCAUCCUAAAUUCUUUCCCCUUUUACUUCCCUCUUCUAAACAAACUAACCACCUCUUAAUCCCGAUCUAACAAAUCCCUCACUCAAAAUUCCAUUUCAAAUUUUUCACAAACCAAAAAAGGAAAACAAAAUUAAUAAAUAAAUAAAUUAAGUUCUUCUAUAAUGGAGCUUGUAACCGUAACUGAUUUUUUUUUCACUGCAUCGCUGGCACUUCUUCUUUCCUUCCUCGUUGCAAAGCUUGUCUCCUUAGCCACCACCGACACUCACACCGCGACUAAACCGGUCGGUCCGGUUCAUCAAGUUGAACAACGGUUAACGCUUCAAACACCUCAAACCGAGACCCGAGUCGGUUUUAUUAAUCCGGUUCAAGUUAAAACAACGAAUUUAGAAACCGGAUAUUAUACAGAAGACGUUACGGUUGAUCACGAUUCCAACGUUGCCGUCGAGUUUCCGACGGUGAAUUCAAACAUUGUCGUAACUGAACAAAACCAAGGAGACGCUACGGUUGAUUCCGAUUCCAAAGAGGAAACUGUUUUGGAAGAAAUCACUGAAGAAAAUUGUACUGAGAAGUUAGUUUCUGUUGAUGAUGAUUGGGAAUGGGAAGGGAUUGAGAGGAGUGAGAUUGAAAAGAAGUUUAUGGAGGCUAUGGAAUUUGUUGGUGAGAAAGGGUAUAUUGGUAAUUGUGAUGGUGAUGAUGAUGUGGAGAUGGAGUUGUAUGGACUUCAAAAGGUUGCAAUGGAAGGACCUUGUCGUGAACCUCAGCCAAUGCCGCUUAAACUCUCCGCACGUGCUAAAUGGAAUGCUUGGCAAAAACUGGGGAACAUGAGUCCAGAGGUUGCUAUGGAGCGAUAUAUCAGCCUUCUUUCUGAUAAAGUUCCCGGAUGGGUGAAAGAUACUUCUGCUGGAAUGACUGAAGGCGAACCGACAGGAUCAGAAGUUUCUGAGUCUACUGUUCCUGAUUUUAGCUCGGCUUUGUCUCAUCAACAAAUGAUCUUACCUGAAAGGGAACUUGUUCAAGAGUCUGGUGUCCAGGAACUUAUCCCACUUACGGUGUCAGAUUUGGAGAACAAUGUUAAAAAAUGAUGGCAUCUCUGCUUAUAUUCUGUGCCACGGGACAUUUUCCUACAUUAUUUUCAGCAAAAAAGAAGACUAAUUCCAAGAAUAUAAGUUCUUUUCGAAGUAUGCGACAUUCUUGGGCUGUUUGUUUUCUCCUUUGUUCCUUAAAUCAAGUGUUAAUUGUGACAUUUCUUCCUUAUCAAACCGUUAUUAAAUGUUAAUAUUUAAUGUUGAUAAAAAUAAAUGCGUGUAAAUAUGAUCUUAUAUGUAGCUGAAGGUUGUAUACUUUCUGGUUGUUAAAACUAAUUUUUUAGUAUAAUAUGGUCAUUUUAAAUGUUAAUGCAAUGUCUCGAUUUGAUCAAUGAGUUCAA